AGAAAAGGAAAGGGAAGCAAGCAGAGAGUUGGGGAUCUCAUACCACCAAGAACGCAGCACCAGGAGCAGUGCAUGUCCUUUGGACGUGGGGUCCCUGUGCCUGAGAAGCUCCUCUACCGGGGAAGAUUGAGGACAAGGACCUUUGUCCAGAGCCCACAGAGAGAGAAAGCCCUCCCCUGGAGCCAACGCCCUGAAUUUGGACUUGUAACCUACUAGGCUCUGAGAAAAUAAAUUUCUCUUUGUUAAAGCCAUCCACUUGUGGUAUUUCUGUUAUGACAGCACUAGAUGACUAAGACACUGACCCACAGAGCAAGAGAGCUGAAUGCCUUCCAGCUGAAGUGUACUGGCAGAGUGGAGUGCCUCCAGGCACUUAUCAGUGGAGCCACAGAGCUUUGGAAUACUUUCCUGAGCUGGGCAGACGCUGGCUGGCAGCAAGGUCCGAGAGGCCAAGAGGUCAAGGAACCAGGAAGCAGAAGCUGAAGAGACAAGGAACACAGGAAGCAAAGCUUGCUCGGUCUCACAAGUGACUGGCACGUGGUAGUGACUGGCACGUGGUAGUGACGACAGGCACGUGGUACUGCGCGCGUGCGCGUGACGAGAGGCUUUAACUCGGCGCGGCCCUCCCGGCGGCCCCCGGGGGAGGCGGGACCUGGCCGAUUCCCGCGGUGUGGUCCCGCCAUUGGCGGGCGGUUUGAAUGACGGAAGUGACGAUGGCUCGGCGAUGGCCGCCCCGCAGGCGCACAAACGGCUGUUUGGAGGCUGAGUGGCCGUGGCUGUUUGGUCCUGCUGCUUCUGGGCUUCCGUUUCUUACUCCGGCUCCCCAUUCUCAGUGCACAGAAAUGAAAAGAAAAGUAGUGAAGGCUGGCAGGCUGAGAUUGAGUCCUAACGAAGAAGCUUUUAUUCUGAAGGAAGAUUAUGAAAGACGACGAAAACUAAGAUUGCUGCAGGUUCGAGAACAAGAAAGGGAUAUCGCCUUACAAAUAAGAGAAGACAUAAAACAGAGGAGAAAUCAGCAAUUCACUCGUUUAGCAGAGGAGCUAAGAGCAGAAUGGGAAGAAUCACAAACUCAGAAAAUUAAGAACUUAGAAAGACUAUAUUUGGCAAGUUUAAAAAAUAUGGGAGAGGGGCAUCGGCAGGCCAAAGAAAAUGAACCUGAUUUGGAUGGCCUGGCACGACAGGCAGCAGAAAGGAAAAAAAAAGCAGAAAUGAGGCAUAAAGAGGCCCUGAAAAUACAGAAAAAUAAAAAAGAAAUAUUAAUGAAACAAAAAACCUGGCAUAUAAAAGCUCGACAGGCAGCACUGCUCAUGGAAAAAGAAAGAUCUGCCAAGAUUACAAGUCUGCCGCCUCCUCCUCCAACUCUUUUUGAGAACAUUGAUGUAAAGAAAAUUCCAUCAGUAAAGACCAGUAGUUCUACCUACCAUCAUCUUUACACACUGGUGAAUAGAGAGAUGGACACAAAGCAGCCAGAUCCUCAUUUGGCUGCGGAAGAAGAAGCCAAACGUUUGGAAGAACUACAAAAACAAGUAGCACAAGAGAGACUGGAACAGUUUGAAAAGGCGCACGUACGGGGUUUCCACGCAAUGAAAAAGAUCCAUUUGGCUCAAAAUCAAGAGAAACUAAUGAAAGAACUCAAACAGCUACAACAAGAGGACCUGGCACGCAGGAGACAGAACGUAGCACGAAUGCCACCACAACUAGUUGAGCUGCCAUACAAACGCAGUGAAAUGAAAGAAGACUGGCAGAGAGAGCUAGAAUUUGCCUUCGAAGAUAUGUACAAUGCAGACAAGAAGGUGAAAGGGGACUUGAUUUUGCACCUUGAACCAGAGCCUUUGCCCACGGUGGUUGAUCAGACCCAGGAUCAGGAACUGGACCUUUCAGCGGAUCAAGAAGAUUUAAAUGAAGCUGAGAAUCUACAAGUGACAGAAGCUGAAAAAAUCUGCCCUGGUGAAACAGACGUUCCCUUGGCAACGAAGACCCAACAGAUCCCUUCAAAAAUUCUUUUUAAAAAAUUAUUAAAUAAGAUCCGAAGCCAAAAAUCUCUCUGGACAAUUAAAUCCGUGUCUGAGGAUGAAAGUGAAAUGAUUACGACUGUUAGUGAAGCUGAGAGUAAAGCACUUACCAUGGAAUCAGGAACGAUUGCCAGUGAAGAGCAAGCAUUAUCCGCUGGGCAGGAACAAGUUCUUGAAAGUGAUGCACAAACAGUUGAGUCAGGAUCACUUACUAUUGAAGAUAAGCCACUUUCAUGCAGUACAGACUCUGAAAAGCAACAAGAAGUAAAUGAGAUCCAACCUAUCACGACUGUAGCUCAGAAGUCAAUUCUACUUCAUCCUCAAGAAGCAGCAGCCAGAAUUAGAAUGUCAGCAAGGCAGAAACAGAUAAUGGAAAUAGAAGAGCAGAAGCAAAAGCAGUUGGAAUUACUUGAACAAAUUGAACAACAGAAGUUAAGAUUAGAAACUGACCAUUUCAAGGCUCAGCUGGAAGAAGAGAAAAGAAAAAAAACUCAACAGACUGAGGUUGGCAUUGCUCCAGCAUCAGGCACCAUAAUUUCUGAUGAAGAUAGUCAUAGGCGGAUGAUUCGUAACUAUCAACAUCAGCUUUUAGAACGAAACAGGUUACACAGACAGUCUGUCGAAGCUGCCAGGAAACAAUUGCAUGAAUAUCAGACCAUGUUAAAAGAAAGGUACCCAUCCAUAUCAGCAACAUCAUUGAUUCCCAACUCUGUUAUGUCCGUACCACCUCAGAAACCUGAAAGGCCCACUGUUGUAUCAGAGCAUUGGGAUCAAAGUCAGAGACCCAAGUUGAGCCCUAACAAACAUCAACCCAUACAUAUCUCCAGAUUAGAAGAAAGUCAUUUGCAAGUACCAAGACAGAAUCUCUUUUCACAGAGACAGGUGGAAACAACAGAAACAUUGAGCUCUUCAAAUGUUUUAGCCAAGCAGUCUUUGGAAUCACAGGAACAUCUAAGGUUAUUCUCACAAGCUAAAACACAGCAGAGAGACUAUAAAUUGGUUCCUGAAGAUUCUCAUAGAUUUUCAAGGGCUUUGUCACAUGAUAGGCCACUAAAAUUUCAAGAUACUGGAGAAAUACCUCCAACAUCUAGGGCAACAGCUUUUCAAACUUUAGACUCCCAGCAGAUGUUCUCAGAAAACAGUCAAAAUAUAUCUUCCAAACUGACCGAAUCCUCUUCGUUUCUACCACUGGUAGCUGAGCAUUCUUUUAGUUCUCUGCCUGCUAAAGGUGAAUCUGGAAGAAUCCAGGAACCCUUUUCAAUGAAGAGCAAAAGUACAUUUUCCUUAGACCAUUCUGUAAUCAGUCAAAUGCAGGAUAGGCCUUUGCCAUCCUCAGAGCAUAUCACAGUCCAGCAAGAUAAUUUGAAGGCUCUCCAAGAACAGUUGGACCUACAAAAGGAAGUUCUCCGAGCAAGACAGGAAUCUCAGGAACAACUCCUUUUGCAGAAACAGAAAGAAUUGGAAGAGCAAACUGACCUCUCCUUAUUUCUUCCUUUGGUAGCUUCACAUUCAUUUGCUUCACUACCGUUUGCCAAAACUGAAUUAGGGAGAACCCAGCAGUCUUCUUUAACCAAGAAUGACACUACAGUUUAUACAGGCCAUCCUGUGACCGCACAAAUUCAAGAUAGGCUUUUGGGUUUUUCACAGCCUAACUUAUCUCAGCAAGAUAAUUUAAAAUUUCUCCAUGAGCAGUUAAAUGUUCAGAGGGACAGACUUCAGGCUAGGCGGGAAGCCCAGGAAGUAUUACGUGUGUAUAAACAGAGUGAAUUUGAUGGAAGCAUACCUUCUGAGAAAGCUGAAUCCUCUACUCUUCCAUCUCAGGUAGCUCAGCAUACAUUUGCUUCACUACCUUCUGCUGAAACGAAAUCUACACAAACCCAGCAGCAGUAUUCAUCUAAGAGUGAGAAAGGAGUCCUCGCAAGCCAAUCUGAGAUCCCAACCUCUCAAGAUAGGCCUGUGAGUUUCCUACAGCACUUCCUACCUCUCCAUGAUAGUUUAAAGUUGCUCCAAGAACAGCUGACUGUACAGAGGGAUGCUCUUCAGGCCAGGCAUGAUGCUCAGGCGGCAUUGCUUUUACAUAGACAAAGGGAUUUGGAGGUCAGUAAGUCUGGGCAGAUGAGUUCUUCGUUCUUAACAACGGUUGCUCAAGAUUCAGUUGCUUCACAAGCUUCUGCUAAAGCUGAACCUAGAAGAAUUCAGAAACACUAUUUAUCUGAGGAGAGUCUAAUUCCUUCAGAUCAUUUGGUAAUCCCAACAUUUCAAGACAAAUCUCUCAGUUUUCCACAACAUAACCUAUCACAGCAAGAAAAUUUGACAACACUCCCAGAACAAUCACACAUGCAGAGCAUAAUACAAGGCACUAAACAAGAAACUCAAGAAUUUGUGUAUAAACACAAUGAAUUGGACAAAAGAUUUUCUUCUGAACAGACUGGACCCUCUUCAUCCCUAUUUCAGGUAGCCAAAUCAGGAAGAUCCCAGGAAUUUAUGUCACUCAACAGUGACAGUACAAUUCCUUUAAGCCAUUCUAUGAUCCCAAAAUUUCAAGAAAGACUUCUGAGACCUUCACAACAUAUAUUACCUUUAAAAGAUAAUUUGGAAGAACACCAAGAAUGGCUAGACACAGGGAAAGAGGCUCUUCGUCUUACCCAGAAAGCCCAAGGAAAUACAUCUUCUGAACAAACUGGCUCUUCAUUCAUACCCCAGUUAGAACAGUUUUCAUAUACUUCAUUACCUUCUGCUGUGUCUGGUACAGUCCAGGAACCUGUCUCAAUAGAGAGUGAUAGUAAAAUUCCUUCCAGCCAUUUUCAGAUACCACAACUGCAGGAAAGACUUUUGAGGCUAUCACAACUUAUCCAGCCUCAACAGGAUAAUUUGAAGUCUCUUCAAGAACAGUUAGCUACACAGAGGGAAUCUAUUAUUCAGUCUAGACAGGAAGCUCAGGGAGAAUUCCAUUUAUAUAAACAGAGUGGAUGGAAGGAAAGGAUAUCUCCCGAGCAAGUUGGUACCUCAUCCUUCUUACCCCUAGUAUCCCAGCAUUCACUUGCUUCAACACCUCUUGCUGAAUUGAAGAGGAUCCAAGAAUCUUGUCCAACUAAGAGUGAUAGUACAGUCUCCUCAAGUUAUUCUGAGAUGCCAAGAUUGCCUGAUAGGCUUUUAGAUUUGUCAGAGCCUGCAUUAACUCAAAAAGAUAAUUCGAUUGCACUUCAAGAACACUUACAUGCACAGACAAAUGUCCUUCCUUCUAGUGAGAAAACUCAGAAAGAAUUGGUUUUGCCUGGACAAUGUAAAUUUGAGGAGAAGGUGUCUUGUGAGCAGUUUAUCCAACCUCACUAUGGUGAUUUAAAGGCACUUCAAGAGCGGUUAGAUGUACAAAGGAGAACACAGGAAGUCCAAGAAGAAUUACUUUUACAAAGACUAAGUAAGUUGGAGAAAAGGGUAUCAUCUGAGCAGGUUAAUACCUCUUCGUUCUUACCCCAGGAAGUAUUGGCUGCUGCUGACUCUGGAAGAAUUCAAGAGCCUUUCCCAACCAAAAGUAACAACAUUAUUCCCUCAGAUCUUCCUGAGAUUCCAGGAACACAUGGUAGGCUUUUGAGUUUAUCCCAGUCUGUUCUGCCUCAACAAGAUAAUUUGAUAGCACUUAAAGAACUAUUGGACUUAAAAAGGAAAGUGUGUUCUAGUGAGAAAACCCAGGAAGAACUACUUUUAAACAAACAAAGCAAGUUGAACAAAAGUGAAUCUUCUGAACACUCUGUCUUCUCUUUGUCUCUUCCCAAGGAGACAGAGCAUUCAUUUAUUCCACUACCUUUUGCUGAAACUAAACCUAAAAGAAAUUGGGAAUGGUAUUCAUCCAACAAUGAACAUCAAGCUCCCUCAAACAAUUUUAUGACCCCCAAAUUACAGGAUAUUUCUAGUUCUUCACAGCCUGUUUUGGCUACGCAAGAUAACUCGGGACUUCAGAAGCAGUUGGAUCUACAAAGAGAAGCUCUACAUUAUAGCCAAAAAGGCCAAGGAGAAUUGCUUGUCCAGAGACAAGCAGCAUUGCAACAGCAGAUACAGAAACGUCAAGAGACUUUGAAGGAUUUCUUUAAAGACAGUCAGGCAAGUAAGCCUAUAUUUGAAAAUGAUUUAAAAACUCAGAAGAUGGAGCAGCUCAGAGAGUGGUUUCCUCACAUCCAAGACGUAGCAACAGAUGAUCAGGAAGACAUUAAUCAUGCAGAUAGGAACAACUCCAGUGACAAUCAACUGCUUUCAGAAGAUACUACUACCAAGCAAAGUGGUGAACAUCUGGACAAAGAACUGGGCAGGAGAUCCUCAAAACCACCUCUAGCAAAAGUUAAAUGUGGAUUAGACUUGAACCAACAUGAACUUAGUGCUAUACAAGAAGUUGAAUCACCAGCAAGCGGCAGAGCUUCUGCACUAGGCAAAACAGAUUUUUAUCAAGACAGAGACCCCAUGAGGGUCUCAAUAAGCCGAGAACAAAGUUUACUUGGUAGCUCACUGGACCAUGACUCAUUUGGUGAUCAUCAACCAGUUACCCAGAAGAAUGUGUGUGGUGAUAACUGUGAUGAAGCAGUCAAGGCCAAGGAGCCUAUUGCGGACAGUUAUGCAGCAUUAAGUCAUGCUGUGGAGGAACAAGGGCAUACAUAUCUGGGUUCAACUGUGAAGCCAGAAAAUAAGGCUGAAACACAAGAGAUUUCUCAUGAGCCAUUAUCUUCAGUAACUAUUUCUACUGGGAGCCUUCUAAGUUGUGAAAACACAGAUUUGAGCCUUACGGAUCCAGAGUCAUUUGCAGAGCAGGUGGAUCAUAGACAACAAGAAUCUACCACUGGAAAGGAAGAGGACACAGAUCUUUUAAAUUCUGUCAUUCCUCCAAUACAAGCUAUUUAUCAAAGGCCGAACUCUUCUGACAUUCACAAAUCUCCACUGCCUUUGAUAGAAGAAUUAACAUCUGGUCAAACACACGUGCAGCAGAUCAUAGAUAAGUACAUAAAUGAAGCAAAUUUGAUGCCUGGAAAAACAGAUUUUAAGGUUCCAGCAGUUCACCCUGACUUCCCAGAACUGGAACACACUUUUCCAAAUUUGCAUCAUCAGCUCUUUAAACCCUUAGAACCACAUCUAGACUCUGAUUUGUUAUCCUCAUUCUCUGGGAUUUCUCAAGACAGCAGAGACUUUUACAAGGGCUCAGAGUCUUCAUCUGAAAGCCAACAUGCUACUGUAUCAUCCAAAAGCACAGUUUCUUUUCCAGCACCAAGGGGGAACCUGCAUUCUUCUCUUAAGAGUCUGGACCUGCCACUUGACCCUACCUCGGCACGUGUUGCAGCUCAGAGUUUUAUGACAGAAAAUGUUACUGAGGGAUCUGAACAAUCUUUCUACCAGCUUCUGCCAGAAUUUUCUUCUCAGGAGGGGAGCCAGCAUGCAGAUCUACCAAGUAUUUUUAGCAUUGAAGCAAGAAAUUCUUCACAAGGCAUGGGAAAUCAGAACCACCCCUCUGAAGAAGUAUUACAAAUUAAGAAAAAAGGUGUUCAUUUUCCAGUCUCUCUAGAAAAUUUGCUAAUUUCAUCUGAUCCAGUUAGUGUAUUUAGUCAGCUAAAUGUACAACAUAGCACUCCAUGUGAUUCUGCCUCUAGUGAGUGCUCAAUAAAAGACCAACCAGAAGACAGAAAAAAAAAACUGUGCUUUGAAGGACUAUCUCAAAGAGAGCUUGACACAAUGUUAGAGAAUCGAGGUCUCAUGAAAGAUGAUAAAAAUGAAGCUGGUGGGGUUUUAGCCAUAAAACCACAUGCAGAGGAAACUGACUCUCAAUUAUGUGUAAGAACAGUGGAAAUGGGAACUUUAAUUCAGAUACCCCAUUCAUUAACCAUGCAAAAUGAAAAAUAUUUUGAGAAUUCAACUAAAAGGGAAACUCCAGAAAUCCUAAGAAGCCUAUCUCAACCAGCGCCAUCAGAGCUCUUUCUAAGUUCUGGGUCAUUUUCAGUACAGAGCUCUGUUCCAGUUUGGGAGACAGAGUCUGGCCAUGGUAUAAUGGAAGAGCCAGAACUUACUUUAGUAAGCACCAGUGAUAUCAGUAUUGCUGAAACAGAUUUUGAAAACUUAACUCUAGAAGAAAGGAGCGAGACCGGGGCAAAAAGCUGUUUUCAGGUGAGUCAAUUUCUGCCUCUUGUACCAGAAACAGAAACCACAGAUUGUCCACCUGUAUCAGAGCUUGCUGGGGAGAAGUUAACACAGCCUGCAGAAACCCUUCCAGAGUUCACAGCUAUACCAGAGAGCUUACAAGAAGCAUUUUUAAAAAGAAAAAAAAAAUUUAUCAAGAGAUCCACUCAGAGACAGAAAGAAAUAAAGAACAGAGUUCGUGUCACCGGAAAUUCACAAGUCAAAAUAGCUCAGAAACCUUCUACAGGCUCUUCCGUGAGUCGCCUCAAGGAUGUGAGUAAAGGUAGAGUGUCUCUCCCUGAAGACAGAAGAACUGCACAAGCCCUCAUGUACCAAAGGGCUUUAAGAUCAUAUAAUCAAUUAGCUGAAGUUAAACAGGAGAAAGCAAGAAAAGAAGCUUAUGCCCAAAAUAGGGCAAGGGCAAGAGAAUUUCAUAAAAAAACACUGGAGAAACUUCGAGCCAAAGCUACAGGCUGACUUUCUGCAAUGUAAAAGUUUUUAUUACGUGUAGCAUUAGGCAAAAAUUAUUUAAUGUUAAUAAAUUUUAUAUAAUGAGUUUUACAUGUUGUCUUUCAUCAAUCAAGGUCACCUUAGUUCCUCAGGAAGCUUGCAUCAAUAAGAUUGAUCUUCAAGACAGCCCUGAAGAAGAAAUUAACCAUUGGUUAAACUUGGAUCCAUUUACUUCCCCCACGUCAUCAGUCACGGACUAUCAGUGCAUAUCAUCUUGUAUCUCCUCAGGAAAAAAACAGCACACUACCGAGUGACUGUGGCGUUCUGUGGAGAACUUUCAUCUUAGGUCACAGCGUUAAGAGCCCCUGGUCUCACAACUCCACAAGCCCUCUUUGAGAUGACCUGUAUCUUUUCUAAUGUAUACAUACCUUUUUAGAAGAACCCAUGUUAGUCCACUGUUGUCAAUACAAAGAUUUCCAGAGAUAACUACUAUGCAGUGAUCAGGAACUUUUUACUUGGACUGACUGUGUUGUCCAAGCCACAAUCCACACCAGAUCUCAGACUUAGCACCCAAAAAAAGAACAAAAAAAAAUCUCUUUUAGUGAGUACAGAUGAAAAAGCUUAAAGAAAGUGUGUGCCAUAAAUUAUAUUUCUACUGGUGCUGAUCUAAGCAAUGGAAAUAAAACAAGAGUAUAAAAUGUUCCCAAUCGGUUGAAUGCUAACAAGGUAGCAAGAGAGAAAACCUAGUGGGAAGUUUUUUUUUAUGGUCAAGUCCACAGCAAAUCAGAAACUGCAUUCUAAAAGCCUUGGUAAUGACCAUUGUACCCUAGGAAAUAAUUUGGUGUGGUAAGUUAAAAACAAUUACC